AGUAUUGUCAAAUUUGUAAAUUUGUCAAUGUGCUUAUGUUUACAUUUUGUUGAUAAAGAAAUGUGGAAUUUAUUUGAAUUACGCUAAUUGCACAAUUUAAUAUAAAAAAUGAAGAGUAAACCUGUUAAACACAAAACUACGAAUACUUUUCGAUUUGUGCCGUUUUCUGAGCGAAUAAAUUCUAUUGAUAUUCGACAUGCUGCACUGUACCACAUUGAACACGCUUACAGCAGACAACCAGACGAGAACGAGACACAUUUCAAUUUGGCGAUACAAAAAUGGCACGUUCUGAACCUAACAGAUAAUUUUAAAAGGUUUAAGAAGGAGGUCUUUGGAAUUAUUACUGUACCACAACUACUUCAUAAGAAAGUCGAAAUACUAGAAAUUUUGGAAAAAUAUUUGAAACUUGAAGAUCAAUUGUGUUUGCAGCCACUUCUUGAAAUUCUUGUAGCUGCUGCUAAAGAUCUACGAGAUGAUUUCUAUCCACACUUUCCGAAAUUCCUUGAUGUACUUAUAAAAUUGCUAAAUACAAAAAAUGCAGAACAACUAGAAUGGACACUUAUAUGUUUGGCAUUUUUAUUCAAAAUCCUGAAACCUUACAUGAAAAAGGAUAUUGCUGUAAUAUUGAAGAGCAUUGUUCCCUUGCUGAGUGAGAAUAAACCUCAGUAUAUUAAUAAUUUUGCAGCUGAGAGUUUUGCAUUUGUUGCCCGUGAUAUAAGGGACAAGAAGAAGUUUAUAAAUCUAAUCUUAACUUAUUUAGAAAAUAAUGAUGAUGUGAUAAUAGGUUGUGGUCAUCUUUUAUUUGAAAUUAUAAGAGGAGUCAGCGGAAAAUUUCACAGCUGCAUUGAAACAUUUCUACCUAUACUACUACAAUACUUAAAAGAAAGCAAAGCACAUCAGGAUACCCUAUUCAAAGUACUCACACAAACUAUAGAGGAUAGCUUACACAGCAUAUCAUAUAAGGAAUUUACUAUAUUUUGGACAUGUAUUCUAAAAUUUAUUGAAGAAAUAUUGAAAGAAGGUGAUGAAGAAACUAAAGGACUAGAAUACAUUUUGAGGCUAGCCGGUCAAGUAAUUGAGCAUCAGAAUGGAAAGUUCUUAAUCAACCCACCACAAUUUGUUCUGUUAUUGAUAAAGGUUAUAUGUGAGCAGUCAUCAGAAAUAGUACUUGAAGUUUGUUCCCAAAUUGGGGCAAUAUUACUACUUUCACCGAAUGUAUCUUUAUCACAGGAACAUGCCAGCAUCAUUGUUAAAGUAUUAUUGCCUUUGCCAUUCCCAAAUAUCUUAACGAAAUUCGUUCAAAAUGUGAUUGAUUAUUCUCAGUUUGAUAUGCACAUAUUGCCACCUUUUAUCAAAUACGUUGUCCAAUCCGGAUUUGACAAUGACGCAAUGUGCACUUUGAGUAAGAUCUGUGUCAAAAAAUCUCCUCUAUCAAUGAAUGGAAUCAAAUUGUUUGAAUGGGUUAAAUAUCCUAUUGAUUUCGGUCCCAAUCUUUCAAAAUUCAUGGAAUAUUUUGAAACUGUUAUGAAUGGUAACACUGAACAAAUGUUGGAGAACCCAUUAAAAUUAGCGAAUGUUUUGUUCUGUGUGCCGCAUGUUAAAAACAUCGAUGUGGAUUAUUGUAUAAAAACAUUGAGUGAAUUAAUUUCUAAACUGUUAAAGAUAUUACUUUCUUACAAUUUGGAAAGUCAACUGGACGCAAACAGAUUUCACUGUGAUAACACAGCAUUAUCGCGAUGUGCCAGAAAUAUUAUAUUCAUAGUAGCAAAUUGUAUAGAAAGCGCUGUUCACAUAUCCAGCUGUAAGAAAGUGGCAGAGAUAUGUGAUAUAGAAAGAUUAUUACCCAUCAUUCUGCCAUGCGCGGCCGAUCCAAACUAUCUGGGUGCACUGCAUUUGCUUGACUUGUAUCUAACGGCAUACGAACAUGAAAACGGACUAAGCUAUCCAUUUCUAUCUUUGGUCGACUCUUAUUUGAGAGUCAACGUGUCGUCGCCAUUUCAUAUUGUGCGCCUUUUGACAACACACAUAUAUAAAUUAUUCGAAAAUAUAGAAGAAUUGUGUAAGUCAGCAGAGAUCAAUGGUAACGUUGAAAGAUUUUCAGUAUUCAGUAUGUGUUAUGCUGUGGAAUCAAUAACACCUUCCAUACAAGAAUACAGAACUCAAAUAAACAUUCUACACAAAAUGGCGUUUAACACGACACAGUAUGCUUUGGCGAAGGAAACAAAUUUUCAUCUGUUUGCCCUUGAUUAUAUGUUAGGGGUUUUGUAUAUGAAUUUUAAGUUAAUAUGGGAGCCAGUCGCUGAAUUUGUAGCUGGCUACGGUAAUGCUUUAAGCGUUGACGAAUUCUGGCCAACAUUUUAUAGAGCACUGCAAACUUCAUUCGUCAAUGCAAAAAAGAAUCUAAAACAAUUUCAGUUUGAUUCCGAAAUCGACACCAGCUCCGUAACACUAAAUGGAUUGUAUAGUGAAUAUAAUAGCAUAACUGAAAGGCCAGAUCUAUAUAACUAUAGAAAUCUGAUAUUAAAAGUAAUGACGAACUGUAUCCAAGCGUGCGAAGCAAGAAAUCGUGAUGUGGUUGUAUUAUUUUUAAACUUUAUCGACGAAGAGUAUAGAAGAGAUGAUAAAACAAAUGCCUUAAAAAUAGAUGUUGCAAAACAUGAUGUUAUAAUGGAAGUCGACAACGGAACUGAAGAAGAAAACGUUGAAAACAUUGAAGAAAUUAUUGAACAAAUUGACGAUCAAACAGAAUCGGUUUCAGGAAAAAUAAUAUUCAAGACUCUUAUAAAUAUAAUGCAAGUACUAGCACAGUUCAAGAAUCCAAGGGCUUUACAUAAAGAGCCAGUAUUCUGGGAACUUUACAUGGAGUUUUUGAAACACAAAAAUCCCGGCCUACAAAAGUUUGCUCUAGAUUGUGUCCUUAAUUACAAAAAUAAAAGUAUUACAGUGUACAAAAGUAAUUUGUACAAUUUGAUCGAUGAAAAGAAAUUCAAAGAUGAACUAACACAAUUCAAAAUCACUGAAGAUUCGCAAUUGAUACACAGUGACGAUAGAGAGCAUGUGAUACCAAUUAUACUGAGAAUACUUUACGGGAAAAUGACGUGUAAACUUGCUGGUGAUAAGAAAAGUGGCGGACAGGCUAGACGAUCUCUAGUGAUGCGAUAUUUGGCCGGCUGUAGUGAAAACGAACUUAGAAUGUUCAUCGAAAUGGCGUUUAGUUACUUCAAGAAAUAUAUGGCUAUGGAGCCUAGAGAAAUAUUUGAAAAUAUUCACAAUAAUCUUGAUUUGAAAUCAAUUACCGGCCCAGGAAAGUUGCACAGCAUUUUGAAUCUAUUCGAAGUGGUUCGUGAAUAUUUUGGCGGUUACAUGAAAGACGAACUUUUAUCGGAGCUAUUCAAGAUCUUUUAUGCCGUCUGUUCGACUUUUUCAGCUGUUUUAUCGAGGGCUGAUAAAGUUCAUGUUGGUUACGUUAAAGUUAUGAAAAAUCUCCGAACCAUUGCUCUUGUAACAGUGAAAAAGCUUUUCGAACAAUUAGACAAAUAUCCUUGGAGUAAAGAUGAGUUGUAUGUUAUAUUUGAAACUUUGCUGUGGCCUUUGAUCCCAAAGCUACAUAUCGAAGGAAUACAUAGUCCGACAGCUCUCUUAAAACUUUUAAGCGUAUGGUGUCAAAAUCCACGAUACUAUGUAUUACUAGUUACUCGCUCGAAGGAUAACUCUUUAAGUUCAUUACCAGAGUUGCUUAAACUUCUACUGGCUCCAAAAACAAGUCCGAUUGUCGUUAAUAUGAUUUUAGAUAUGAUUGAGAAAUUAUUAACACUAACUGAGAAUGAAGAAGACAAGGAAUUAAGUCCCAUUGAAUCUUUUAAUAUUAUACCAAAUGACGAAAUAGUAUCAACCGAUAUGAGUAACAUUAAUUACGGAAGCAAAAUAUUAAUACCGCACAUUCCAAGCAUUUUGGAAGUAAUGAAAAGGCGCAUGGCGAAUGCAGCGAAGUCGAACACGGUUAAUAAAAGAGACCUCUUGAUACUGUCACGAGUGACCGAACUGGUGGCAAACCCUGAAAUCUGUGAUGAACUAUUAACUUUAUUAUUGCCGAUAUUAGUAAAGAAAGUUUGUAUGAACAUGGCUGAAGAAAAUAUGGAACAUGCCGUAACCACAAUUAUUAACUUGUUGGGACACAGUACUAACCCGCAAUCUUACAUCAAACAUAUUGCCGUAUUAUUCAAUAAGGUCAACCAAAUUGAUGUAAGGAAGCUCCUGAUUAAGCUUCUGCAGUCCAUAGCAGAAGCGGCUCCAAAAAAUAAAGAGACCCUGAAAAGAAUGGCUGAAAUUAUAAGUGAAAUGAAUGCUUUUAAUAAAAGAUGGAUAGAACAACCAGAUUUUGACAGGAGAUUAGAUGCUUACAAGCGAAUUUAUCAACUGGCAGAUAAUGAUGAAAUUGAUAUUGAUCUUGCUAUUCUAAUUGUAAACAAUUGCUUUUAUUUUAUUCGAACGGAAAAAGAUAUCGGUUUGAGAGAUAGCGCUGGACUAUGUAUGAAAAAGAUACUACCGAAAUUGCUUAUGAAAUACAGAUCGGCGAAUGAAGGACAAUUUCUAAUCCGUGACACAGUUCUUUCAUUAAUUUCGACUGGAAUAAGGGAUACGAAGAAUGAUUUGGUUCGUAAUGAAUCUAUAGCCUUGCUCGGCGAGCUAGCUAGGGAGUGCCCUGAAGCUGAUGUAGUGAUCUCAGAUUUAGCGACAUUGACAAACAAAGAUGACGUCGAAGUAGAUUUCUUUGAGAACAUGUGUCAUUUGCAGAUGCAUAGACGCGUUAGAGCCCUAUUGAAAUUUUCCAAAGUUUCCAAGAAAGUAAUGAAAUGUCCCGCACCAAGAACUCUUACCAAUUUCAUAUUGCCAUUAGCCACAACGUAUUUAUGUGACGAUAAAUAUACAGACAAAAAUACAUUGAUAGAUGCGGCCAUUGAUGUUGUUGCAACGUGCUGUAGGCUCCUGCCUUGGUACCAUUAUGAGGUCAUUUUAAAGGUAUACUUGAACAAAAUGCGGCACUCAACCGAGCACCAGAAACAGCUGACGCGGAUCAUCAUCGGAAUCAUAGACGCUUUUCAUUUUGAUUUUUCGAAAGCGAAAAACAUUGAUCUCCCAAAAGCACUAGUUGUUAAUAUGAAAACUAAAUUAACCAUUAAAGAUCCGCUUAGAAAAGUACAAGUCAAAGAUGCAGAGUCCAAUGAAAUCGACGAAGAAAAUGAUAGUGAAGGUUGCGUAAAAGAUAAAGAAGACUCAAUGGACGAUAACGAUAUAGAAGUUGAACUCAAAGUCGCAGAUGAUGAAGCAGCGAAUGAAGAAGAUUCUAAAGAAAUAACGAAUGUACCAGCUUACGAAAGAAUCACGAGCGUGUCACCUUCCGUUGCUAAGAGGAUAGUAAAAUCGUUGACAGCGGGCCUCCUACCUCAGUUGAACAGAGCUAUAGGUAAAAUGACGGACCACGAAGAAUCACACAAAGUUAACCGGCGUCGGACCGGCUUCGAGAGGCAGGAGGAAGAUAUGUUGAGGGUUCCGAUAGCGUUGGCGCUGGUGAAGCUGUUGCAGCGGCUGCCAGGCGCUUUGCUGGACAACCACUUACCGGGUAUCAUCAUAAAACUAUGUUCGUUUUUGAAAUCACCUUUGAAACAAGUCCGGAUAUCCGCUCGGGAUAUCGUCAAAAAGGUCAUGAUCACGGUCGGAACGUCAUAUUUGGGCGUUCUGUUUGAGCAUCUAACUUUGUUGCUCACAAGAGGAUUCCAAGUGCACGUAUUAGUAGCGACCGUGCACGCCGUGCUCGACGCUCUGAAGGGGACCUUCGAACCGGGAGACAUAAACGCUAACCUCCAUUACAUUCUCGACGUUUGCGUCAACGACUUAUUCGGGGCGUUAUCUGAAGAGAAAGAGGUGGAUAAGUUGCAUUAUAAAACGCCCGAAGCGAAGCCCAGCAAGAAGAGUUACGUCACGCUGGCGAUCGUCUCCGAGAACAUAACGGAACGCUGCCUUAUUAACCUGUUGCUGCCAUUCAAGGAGGUUCUAGAGAAACACCACUCGAAGAAAAUCGUUUCGAAAGUACAAGAGGCGUUAAUGCACAUCACUAGCGGUCUGGUAUCGAAUAGAUUCAUCGAUAUCGAAUCGUUGUUCGUGUUUUUACACGGUAUAGCUUCGGACAGCAUUCCUCAGUUUGUGUUAGGGGCUCCGAAGAGGGAAAUAACGGAGCAGCAGAGGGAGAAGAUGCUGAGGGCGAAACCGGACUGCUUUAUAGUGCCCGAAGCACCGAAACGCAACAAGGAGACUCAGGCUAAGAACGUCAAGGUUUCCGGUAAAGCGAAUGCUCACGUCCUAGUUGAAUUCAGUCUGAAUAUACUUCACGUUAUAUUGAAACGGGAGAAAGUACCGAGGGUCGAGUGUAGAGCGUUCGUGGAUCCGCUCAUCCCCCUACUGGUUGACGCGAUAAAAAGCGACCACGUCAAAGUGACAACCGUGGCCUUAAAGUGUAUAGCGACGUUGUGGACCAUCAGAGUUAGCACGCCUACCCUAGAGGAAAUGGUUCAAGACAUAGUGAAGACUAUAUUCACGAUAUUGCACAAAUACGCCACGUCUGAAAUCAGCAAGCAGAAUGAUAACCACAACUUAGUUAGGACGGCUUUUAAGGCUGUAACAGUGUUAAUACGCAACGUAAAGUACUACAAGCUGGAAGUCGAACAGCUGAAGACGUUGCUGCUGUACGCCGAGGAGGAUUGUCAGAACGAAGAGAAGCAGGCCAACUCGUUCUCAUUGUUGAAAGCGAUACUGGAAUCGAAGCUGGUAUCGCCCGAACUGCACGAAGUCAUGGAGAAAAUAUCAAAGAUAUGCAUUCUGAGCGUUUCCGCGAAAUCACGGGAGGAGGCGCGGGUUAUAUUCGCGAACUACCUGACGUCGUACACGCCCGGGCGCCGCCUCUCCAAGUACGUCGACUUCUUCGUGGCCCAACUCAACUACGAGCUGCAGCACGGCAGAGAGUCUUCGCUCAAGUUCCUCGAGAUGAUAAUACGAAAACUUCCCGAAUCUCAAUUGGCGAAGUUCGGUGACCACUUACUGUUAACGCUGGGCGCUUGCAUGGUGAACGAUCCGGCGCCGGAGUGUCGCGCCGCGGCCGCCGCCUGCAUCGAGGCGAUGCUCAACCGACUCUCCCAAAUGGAGAGGAACAAGCUAUUCGAUCUGGUCCUCACUUUCUUCCAGGACACUCAGCCCGUUCACUUUGAGCUCGCGGCUCAACUAAGUACACGAUUCGUUAACGUAGAAAAAGACGAAUUCAAGAACCGCCUAUCGACCGUGCUGCCCCUGGUCAACAGCAAGAUGCUCCUACUCAGCAAUGACAUAGCGGAGGGGCGCUUCGUCAAAAUAAAACUCGACCAAUCCGAAGACAAAACCGACGAAGAAAAACAACUAGAAAAGGACCACAGCCUCAUACAGAUCCUAAACUUAAUCGAGAACAUCACUGUACAUUGCGAGUCGAGUAUGAAGAACGAGAGAUAUUUAAACGAAUACGACGAGAUAGGCCAGCAAUGUAAAGCGUUUCUUGCCUACCCGCACGCUUGGGUCAGGUUGAAGGCCGCGAAAAUAAUUGGGCGAGUUCUGUUAACGGUCGAUGUCAAGGAAUUGGACGAUAUUGUUUCGAAUAAGAAGGAAACUGAGAGGGGAUUUAUUUAUUACGACGUCGAGGAGACUUUAAGAAGUUUGGUCUUGGAUCUUUGCGCGCAGUACACGACCACCAUACAGAGAGACAUGGCGGAACAGGUAACCGCCGUGCUGUUCCAAAUAAUAAAAAUAGUUCAGUCGACGUCGUGUUUCAAAUUAGCGAAUAGUAUAGAGGGAGAGAACGAACGAACUGAAGGCGGCGGUAAAUUGGACACGCGUUGGAUCCUGUUCAAGCUGAGGAAGGCCGUGAACGUGGAGGUCGCCCGAGCACCGACCUGCAUCAAUAUAAGAUCGUCGAUAUUCUCGAUGUGGAUCCGCAUGGUGGGCGGCCUGGAGGCGGAUGACGUCACGGGCGUACUAGAUGUGCUGCUGCCGCCGCUAGUUCGCGAGCUGUCCACCGGCGACGCGGCGGCGCCAGCGUCGAUACCCAAACAACUCGCCCGACGACUCGCCCGGAAGAUCAGAAGGAAAAUAGGAGAGAUUGAGUACAGCAAGCUAGCAGCCGAGGCGCAGACUAGGCUCAACAUUAAAAGGGCCGAAAGGAAAAAGUUAUUACUACAAGAGAAAGUCAAAGAUCCGGAGAGGGCGGCCAAAAGGAAAGUCCACGUGAAAGAAAAGAAGAAACAAGCGAAAAAGAUAAAGUUAGACAUGGUCCACGGAAAGAGACCGCGCCCCAAGAAACGGAAAGCAGAAGAUUUUGAUCUAGAAGACGAAUUACUAAAAGAUGAAGGAUAGAAAUGUUACUGUGCUAUGUUCGUUUAUGUUUAAGGGAUUCGAAUCAUGUAAAUAUUAGUUGAGUUUUCAAACAAUAAAAUAAACUUUUAAACAAA